AUGUUUGCCAUUUUACUGAAAAUAUCUAUGCUAGUCUUUUUGCCAUUAUCAUGCCAAUACGAUAACAGCUCGAGUUCAUGUAGUGUAAACUUUAAAAGGAAGGAUGGCUUUGAUCCGACAUCCCAAAUGAAAACUAGCAUACUAUUGUUAGAAGAAAUCGACAAGGAAGUUGAAUCAGUAUGUGACUCAGAAUCAAUAUUCUCUAAAAAUGAAGAACGAAAUAUAGGAGAUCCAAGUGAUGUGCAAACUGUGUAUGAAGAGUCCCUGUCAUGUGAUGUGAAGAAAGAAAUACCAUUACCGAGUGGACAAAAUUUAAGCUGUUCCGAUAAUGAGCGUGUAUUAGAAAAAGGUGAGAAAACAGGAAUAUCAAAAUAUCUAGCAUUUAAAAAGAAAAUAAAAGAAAUUGAGGAACAGCUUAAUCAUUCCAAGCAGAAAAUAGCGAACAUCCAAAUGCUUAACAUAGAAAAUCAUACAAAGAAAUUUGGAGAAGCUUUCGAAAAGAUUAAAUCAACGAAAGAGAAAGCGUUGAAAGCAGAAAUGAUAAAUAUGAUGGAAUAUAGAAAGAGGUUAGAUGAAACACUUGAAAAAUUUAAUAUGCUGAAAGAAAAAUUAAAGGAACAGAAGAUAAUGAACCCUGAGAUACUUAAAAUGAUGGAUCAUCAAAAGGCUUUAAGAGAAAUUAGAGAUUUUGUCCAAAGAAAGUACAACGCCGAUGUGUCCUCCUCCUUAAACACUAUGAAACGCAUUAGGGAAACGAAAGCUCUUGUACCUAACCCUGUAGGAUUGUUGGAUUUUCAAAUAGAAAGAGCAUUAUUCAAAACUUGCAAUUAUAUAGAUGAAUGUGAAUACAAUCCAUAUAUUAGCAGAAAUCAAUAUAGGAUGUUGAAAUUUAAAAAAUAUGGUGCCAUACUCGCCUUACCCUUUGUAAUCGCAUUUUCUGCACUGGGAUUUUACGCGGACGAAAAUUUGUAUAGUGUGAUUUUUGGUUUUGCGGCUUUGAGCUUUAUAAUAUUUUUUUACAUACUUGUAAAAAUUUUGAAAUAUGACUUGAGAUCACACGGUAUAUAUAAGCCUCAUUUCAUGGAUUACGUUAGAAGCUUUAGGAGAUGUAUAAAAUGA